UUGCACAUAGACAUGUUUAGAAUGAUGUGCUUCAUCCUUCUCUAUAGCUAACUAUAUUAUCUAUUGUUUGAUGGUAACUUCAUACUCCAUUAUGUAGAAAGUAGGAGAUUCCUAUCGAAUCUGCCAUGUUGAAAUUGCUAUCUCAUUAGCCGUCCCAGUGAUACAUUUUUGACAUCCAACUCUUAAACCCUGCCACUAUAAGGUUUACCAGUUCAUUAUCCAUAAGUUCAUCAAGAAGCAAAAAUAAUUCUAAGAAUUUUAGUGGGCUUUUCUCAGAAAUUAGGGAUUUGAAUGUUUCUUGAAAAUACUAAAAUGGUGGCAGUUACAUCCAGUUAGCUAUUUAUUUAUUUAUUUAUUUUGUCAUCCACUCUCCGAAAUCCGAUUUCCUGCCAGCGUUUUUCUGCUAGGAAAAAUACAUGGCUCACAAAAUCAGUUCUCCUGCUGUGUCUGGGUUGAAGGUAAUUAAGAAUUGGCCAUCAUACAAUAGGCCGACUAGUUGUAUGUUGAGUCUCAAACGAAAUGGAAUUUGCCGAGCUAGUCCGAAAAUUCAAUGCAUUAUGAACAUGGUCAGUGGAGAGUCAAAUGAACCUAGGAAGUUACGUCUUGAAUACGUACUGGACAAGUCGAGAAAAUUGUGGGAUAAUGCUCCUGAGCCAGUCAAGAGCUUUCCCUGGAAUAAGGCAUCAGAAAAUUUCGUUCAACUCAUUCUCGACCUUGUGUUGGCAGUAGUUAAGUACUUGUCCAUCCUUGUAUUCACAAUUACAUCCGUUAGUGAGAUGUCUUAUUGUGCACAUGAAAGGAAACUAUACCUCAUUCCGAUUCCGUUCCUGGUUGGUGUUGCUGUAGCUGGGGUCUUAAGAGAGGCAGCCGUGGCGUCAUCUCCAUCUCUCAAGAAUGCAGAGGUCCCCUGGCAUUUGAUUGCCAUUGCAAUAUUCUUCACAUUGCUUAAAUUGCCUGGUCCGUAUUACCCAUUCUGGGGGCGUAUUUUCGUUCCACACUUUGCAAAUGGAGGAUUGUUGAGGACUCUAUGGUUUGCAUUUCUAUGGUACAGAAAGCCUGGAAAGUCGUCAUCAACAACAGCACCUGAAUGUGUAGCUCAGUGUCAAUAAAUUAGGCCCAAAUGUUGAAAUAUUUGAACAGGUAUGAAACAUCCGACCGCUUUUGAAGAAAAAAUGAAAUGCUAAGAUUACAGUAUGAGUCCAGCUGUACCUUGUGACUUUUCUGAAUCUGAUUUUCUAAUUAGGAGCUUCUUUGUACUGGUUAUAUAGGAUAAAUUUAUUGCUAGAAUGUUUAAUGCUUUUUCCCCCCAACUCAAUUACCUUAAGAAUUAGAUGUCCUAAAAAUGUGAUUAUUUUGCUUUCCCCAUGCGGAAUCUACUUUGUGUAAUUGAAUAAAAACCUGUCUCUCAGUUGGUCAACACUAAUCAACAGAAUCGGUAAUAGCUUUUACACAAUGCAUCAUCUUAGCAAAUUAUGAAUUGUAAUGACCUCCCCCUUUAUAGUGUAAAUAAGUUACCAUCUGUUUCAGUUGCUACUAUACAAUUUUUGCUUGCAUCUGCUGAUUAUGUUUCUCAUAAAAGAUGACGUGAUAAUUGAAAAAAAAGGCAUUUUUCUACUUUCAUCUCCCCGUAUAAUUUUGACAUGAUAUAUACAAGACCCUUCUAUUAGUUAUACCAGGUCAGACUGCAUUCCCAUUCCUUUUGUGUGAACUGCAAAGCUUCAUGUACUUGGUGACAAGCGGUAUUUGAUUAAAGAAAAAUUGAAUAUCCAUACUUAUACAAGCCAUAUAUGUGUAUCUGUAUCACUGUAUGUACUGCAUUCUUAGUUAUCGUUACAUAUUUUUAUAACCCUCCAUUUUACUGAUUUCUUUGGCACCUCUUGAGUGGUGGUCAGAGACAGGCUGUUCGAAUAGUUCC